AUGGGUGGCCAGCCAACAAGGCUCAGCGACGCAACAAUCAACCACGAGGCACUGUCGGAUGAAUUCCGAGUCAAACACGCGUUCUAUCGGCGGAUUUCGCCGAAAAACGCUCCGGAAAUGACAGUCGGGGAGGUCCGGGGGAGGUGCUGGACGGCGGCGGGCAGCAGCCGGUGGCGCGGCGGCGGAGAUCGGGCCCGCACACUUCCUCUCGGGCUGGAGCUUGCCGGCGGCGAGGCGGCGACCGGGGGAGGUCGGGGCGGCGAUGAUCCGGUGCCUGAGACCAAGGGGGAGGUGGUGCUCACCUCAGAGGGCAACGGCAGCGCUCGGGAGUGGCGCGGCUCCAAGGUCGGCCCGCACAGGACCCGAGCGGCGGCGGGAGACCUUGGCGGCGGCCGGCGGGGCGCGGGGACGGCCGGGGACGCGCGCGCCGGGUUGCUGGAGGUCGCCGGGGUCGACAGGGGGGCUUGGCCGCAGGGGAAGUGCGGUCCCAAAGCCCGCAACCUGAGCUCGGCCUGGCUCGGGUCUGGGCAGACCCGGCUGGCUGCAGCCUCUUCCGGCGGCUCCGGCGACGCUCGGGGGUGGCCGGGGCCGGCGGGGGAGGGCGCCGGAGGAAGAUCUCGACCAGGGGAAGGUGGUGCUCUGGCUAACAGGCCUCUCCAAGGACCAAGCUUAAGCCGGUGGUGA